AUUCGGGGUAGGCUCUGUUGGUUGGUUGGCCACGGCGCCACGCCACGCUCCAUCUACACUGUCCAUGUCGUGCCGCCCCGGCGUCCCUGUCGCCUCCUCGUGAAGGCCACGGCUCCCCUCCCCCUCAACGCCGACGCCGACGUCCGACGAUAGACCUACCACCCACCUUCACGACCCACGCCCAUGCGCGCGUGAACUAAAAGCGCCCCCCUCGGUUUCCUUCCCGAUGGUCGCCGCCGCGGACGCACGCGGACGAUGCUGCAGGCCAUGGCCGCGCGCCGCUUCCUCCUCGACGGGCCUCGCCCGCCUCCGCCGGCCCAGAGCCAGCAGCAGCAGCAGGGCCAGACCCAGACCCAGGCCCAGGCCCAGGGCGCGUCGUUCCCGAUGCUGCUCCCGGUGUUCCUCCUCUUCGUGCUCCUCCUCUGCUUCCUCUCCGUCUUCGUCCUCCGCGACCUCCUCCGCUUCUUCUCCCUCUGCCUCCGCCGUCGCCGCCGCUUCCAGUUCCGAUCCUCCGACGGCGACGCGCCCGAUCCGCCGCCGCCGCCGAAGCCACCCGGGCUGGACCCCUCCGUCAUCGCGUCGUCGUUCCCCAUGCUGCGCUUCGACGCCGCCGGUGGCAAGGCGCCGGCGGAGUGCGCGGUGUGCCUGUCCGAGUUCGCCAACGGAGACGCCGUCCGGCUGCUCGCCACCGUCUGCCGCCACGCCUUCCACGCGCCCUGCAUCGACUCCUGGCUCCGCGCCCACACCACCUGCCCCGUCUGCCGCUCCGACCUCAACCUCCACGUCCCGCCCCUGCCGCCCGUCGACGACACCGCUGUCGCCGCCCGACCUGCUGCGGCGGCGGUCCACGACAACCGGACGACGUCACCUCCCGAAACCGACCUCCGGUAACACAGGGCCACCGGCCAGGCAAAUUAUCAUCGAGUACAGCAUUUUGUUUUCGAUCUUUUUAGUUGGAGGGAAUAUGCAGCUUAGCUUCAUUCUGUAAUCUGUAUAUAAACUGAAGAAAUUACAGCACAAAUUGAAAUAUUUUCUGAAAAUUUAAGCAUGGAAUUUUCACCUUA